GUCAACUUGAGUCAAACUGUCAAAAAAUCAAUAUAUUAUUGUACUGCGUUGCACGAAUUCCAAAGAACUACUAACAAAGCUUUUAAUAUCAAUACUACAAAUUUAAGCCUUGGAAGUAUGGCGUACCUAAUCCCUAAUUUACGGAGAUGCUUCUGCUUAAACACAUCAAGCAACAUCAACGUUAUACAAACUGCUGCAUAUCAUGCAAAUGUUAUUGAUCACUACGAGAAUCCUCGUAAUGUAGGAUCUUUAGAUAAAAAAGACAAAAAUGUUGGCACCGGUCUCGUGGGCGCACCUGCCUGUGGUGAUGUCAUGAAGCUGCAGAUUAAAGUUGAUGAAAACGGCAAGAUCAUUGACGCGAAAUUCAAAACUUUUGGAUGUGGUUCUGCUAUCGCUUCCAGCUCUCUGGCAACUGAGUGGGUUAAAGGCAAAACCGUGGAUGAGGCUCUUAAAUUGAAAAAUACUGACAUUGCUAAAGAAUUAUCUUUGCCCCCAGUUAAGCUACACUGUUCUAUGCUUGCUGAAGAUGCUAUUAAGGCAGCUCUAUCAGACUACCGCAUCAAACAGCAGAAUCCUCAAAAGGAAUAGACUUUGCAGAAGAUGAAGGCUUUGGAACAGAUCUGUGAUUGAAAAAAAAAUGAUGGAAGUUAUUUAGAAUUGUGGUUUUAGCUACUAAGUGGCAGUUAUUCGCAAACUUCUUAUAUAGAAAAUCCUGUUACAAUUCAAUGUUUUAGGCACAAAGAUAGAAUUUAGAAAUUCCUGAUUCUGAAUGUAGUGCAAUUUUGUCUUGGAAAAUAAAACUUCAAAUAUAAUAAUGUAAUCAAUUA